CCUUAACUCGGAGGGGCAUGCGUCUUGCCCUGCUGGCUGUAGCAUCUGCUUGGCAGCCGAGCUUCGAGGAGCUUCACCAUGAGCUCUUUGGUCUGGAUGCCGCGGAGUCUCACGUGGUGAAGAAUUUCUCCAACCCGUAUGGCAUCAGGCCAAACUUCAAGAACUACCCGCACUCCAACCUCUUGCCGCAGUUCUUCACGGAUAUUUUGGACAUCCUGCAACUGGAAGGAAUGCCGCGCUUCAUUGUCGAGGUGGGCUCAUUGCACGGGCACAGCGCUAUUCAAAUGGCCACUGUUCUGGACAAGCUUGGCAUGACCAGAAUUCCCAUCCUGUGCAUCGAUCCCUUCACGGGGGAUACCAACAUGUGGGCCAGCUAUCAGCAAGACAAGAGCGUUGGCGGCUGGGUGAACAUCAUUGACGGCCGAAUGACAAUCUUCGACCAGUUCAUGGCAAAUGUGCAAUUUGCCGUGAACCGAAGCGUGUCUCCGCACCACAUUCUGCCGUUCCAGGCCACCUCCACAGUGGGAGCCCGCUGGCUGGCGGCCAAGGGCCUCAGCCCUGAUCUGAUCUUCCUGGAUUCGGCCCACGAGGCUGAUGAGACCUUCCUGGAGCUUUCGAUGUACUUCGAGCUGUUGCAGCCAGGAGGGAUCCUUUUCGGAGAUGACUAUGGCUGGCCGGCUGUGAAGAAGGAUGUUGACCGCUUUGCGGCAGAGCACAACAGCGAACACGGGGCUGACAAUCCCCUCGACCUGCGCAUUGCUCGAGCGCAGGCUGGCGCGACAAACCUGAUUUGGAUCAUGCGCAAGGCUGUGGGCGCCGGCGCCGUGCGCCGCUUCUGGGCCACCUUUGCAGCUGUGGACUUGCCGCAUCCCGGAGGCGCUCGGCGCUGGACGCCGCAGGAAUGGUCAGCCUUAAGCCAUAUGCGCUGGCGAUGCUUGGCGGCGACCGCACCCUUCUCUAUGGUUUUGCGACUGCUGGAGGAGAACUGGUUGGAGGCUGGUCGUGAAGAGGAGGAGGCACUUCUGCGAGUGGCCUCAACUGCGCUGGACCGAAAAGGCCAGGGCAAUGGCAGGCAGGGGACGGAGGUGCUGGUCAAGUCGCGGGAAGCCGCUGCAGCUGCCAAGGCCAGCGAGCAAUGGAAAGUCUUGCUGGCAGUCCAGCACCUAAUCGGCCGGCCCUCGUCCGAAAAAGUGCCGGGUUGGAAGGACAUGCAGCAGGAGCUGCAUCGCAAGAGGGAGCGGCUUCUGGAGCAGGCACGCACCUUCAUGCUGAUUGGCUCGCUGCUGGGGUCUGGAGGCGAUGCGCCCAAAAUGGAGGAGCGGUGCCUGCUGGAGCUGAGGCGGCUGCUGGCAGUUCAACGUCUCGUUCCGGAGGAAUGGCGGCGCUGAGGGAUGGUCCCGGGAUGGUCCCGGGAUGGUCCCGGGAUGGACCCCGGAGACAUGGGACG